AUGACUCAUUUUGCAACUUCAGCGAUUCACGCGGACGACCAAAACAAUCGGGUUCCUGAUGUGGCACCACCCAUCAACGUCUCAGUUACGUAUCGUUACGAUAACGACAACUUGAAAAUAUGCGAUGAGAAAGAAUGCCUCGAGGAGAUGGACUCUGUGCCCGUUUACUCCAGGACGGCCCACCCCAACUGCACACGUCUUGAAAGUGUUCUGUCAUCUAUCCUGAACGGCCACGCUGUUGUCUACAACAGUGGCUGCUCGGCUUUCUACGCUGCGCUUGUCCACUACAAUCCCAAGAGGCUGUUCAUUGAGGAGAGUUACGAUGGUAUGCAUGCGAUUGCUGAUAUCAUGACCCGUAACUAUGGUAUGCAGCAGCAUACAUUUGAUAAUAUAGAGAAGUACGCUCAGGUGGGAGAUAUUGUUCAUUUGGAGUCGCCGCUCAACCCAUACGGUAUAUCCAGUGAUAUCCAGGCAUUAGCAGACAGAGCACAUGCUAAGGGCGCUUUGCUAAUGGUUGAUUCUACACUUGCUCCACCACCAUUGCAGAACACUUGGGACUUUGGACCAGAUAUUAUCAUGCACUCUGCUACCAAGUAUUUUGGGGGCCAUUCCGACUUGCUGGCUGGUAUCCUAGUUACCAAGGAUAAGGAUGUGAGUAUCCAGUUGAAGGGAGACAGAAUUUACUUGGGUACCAUUCCUGGCAACUUGGAGAGUUUCCUCCUGUUACGGUCUCUGAGAACCAUGGAGAUGAGAGUGUUGAAGCAGUCCGAGAACGCGACCAAAAUUGUCCAAUAUCUGGUAGACAACAAGGAAACGUUUGACAAGGUGCUUGGAGAGAUCUACCACUCGUCAUUACAAGAUGAACCCUUUGUCGCGGCACAAAUGAGCGGAGGUUACACUCCACUUUUUUCCUUCAAGUUACAGACUAUCGACCAAGCGAAACAUUUCCCAGAGAAACUGAAAAUCUUCCAACACGCUACUUCGUUGGGUGGAAUUGAGUCGCUGAUCGAGUGGAGGGUGCUGAGCGAGCCUGAGCUGGAUCAAACUUUGCUCAGGAUCUCUGUUGGUUGCGAAAAUGUUGACGAUUUAAUUGCUGAUCUCCAAAAUGCGUUGCAGCAAGCGCAAAAGGAAGAAGCAUAA